AUGGCAUCCGCAGGACUGGCAGCGGCAGAAAAACUCUUCCUAAGUUCGACCUCGGUAUCACCGCCACCAACGAAGAGACGGAGGCAUCGACAAGGAAGGAGAAAUCGAGACCUGCUUCAAAAUCUUCGUUCAAAUCAAAAGAGAAUCUCAAACAAUGUGACAAGAAAGUUAAAAGAUCCGGACAGUAAACAGUCAGAAGCGAUCAAGAACGCCAUGGGGCUUACGUUACUGGAAAGGUUAUCAAAGGGGGCGACUGAGGGCUCACAAACCAGUCCUAAAAUCGUGUUUCAGGGAGCUGGAAAAAACGAAUCAAAGACGGACAUCCACCAGAAACAGCUCCUGCUUGCUAAAUCAGUAGGAGAGAAAAAGGACCUAACAAUGUCUAGGGAAUCUACCAGUUUGUCUUUUCCCGAUACAACACUUCUUACCCCAAAGCCACUGUCACCUAUGUUUCCACCCAAUGUGCGAUCGGAUUCAGGUCUCAGCAGUGCCUCCAAUAGUUUUUCCGGCAAUUCAAAUACACAAAAAGGGGGACAAUCAAAUGACGAAGACGCCAUGGACACCAUAAAACGGCGAUUAGAAGAAGUGCAACAAAUGACGAAGCAGUCUCCCGUACCCAGCAGUAUUAGUCCAAAGCCAGCCAUUGGAUUUAACGUGAUGUCUAGGAUCGCCACUUCCUUGAAAAAAUUCAAAAAGAAGAUUAGUCCUGCAAACCGGGCCAGAAAUUGCCUUCGCCAUUCCGCGCGACUUGCUUUGCUCAUCAAGAAUGGGUUCACAGGGAGAAAAAAGUAUUACAUUGAGGAUGAUUUCAGCGUCGACGACGACAGUGAAGGACAAAGUAAAUUUAAAGAUGUCAUCACAGAAACGCUUAGCGCUGACAUGUUCGUCAGAUCCAGUAUCGACUGGGAGACCCAGAUGUGUUUGAGAACUAUGCCUCAUCUCAGAUCCGAUAAACAAAUAAAAAGGGUUGUGUGCCUCCUUCGCGCCACCAAAGCUUUCAGUCACAUCUUCCCUGACUACGUGGAGGAGGAACUGGCCAGAUAUUUAGCCUACGAAAUGUAA